AUGGUAAAGUCCAUCCUACUGCGUCUCACCUGGUCCUCUCCUCCCCUGGAUGAGAGAAACUCGGAAUGCCCAAAACCAGAGGACGUCGGCAUUCAACGAAUUAGAGGAAGAAAUGGAGGGAGAGAAGGAGACAGAGAUGGAGGGAGGGACGGAGGGAGGCGAGAGCGGACAGCAUUCACCAAUACUCAGCUGGUGGAGCUGGAGAAAGAGUUCCACUUCAGCCCGUACCUGUGUCGACCUCGUCGGCUGGAGAUGGCCGCAGACCUGGAGCUCACAGAUCGGCAGAUCAAGAUCUGGUUCCAGAACCGACGCAUGAAAUACAAGAAGUAUCACAAGGACGCGGCAGAGACUGAGACGCCUCCCUCAACCUGCUCUACCACCACCCUCAGUCCAGGCUCGUCCGUCCGAGUCAGCUGCCCAGGAUUCAGAAGUGCUUGUCUGGUGAGGGCAACUGAAUCUCCAAACCUCCUGGUCACGGAUUAUGAUUACGGCCUCGUUCCUAGUGGUUCUCACUGUAAGGCCGAUGUGGGUGAGGUUUUUCCUGUGAUCCCCAAGGACUUUCGUUAUGACUCUGCCAGACCGUUGUCAGGGAGGUGUGAGCAGCACAUGGGUCUCUGGAACCCUUCCCCAGAGCAGAGUGAUGCACACCUAUCCUCUUUUUCUGAUAUCAGUGCACACUUCGAAUUUCAUGGAUGUACCCCAGAAACCCCUACUCUCACUCGUCUGUGAGAUCACCUGGACUCUGUUCAUUUACGUAUAAAUUUAGGGGCUCCAUCACUCCUCCCAUCCAGUCAUCCAUCCAUCCACCCACACACACACACGUACUCACACACACACAUACACACACACAUAUACAUACACACUAAUGGUUACAGCAACCCCCCAAACAGGCACUGGAGAGUGGGCGAUUUAAAUCCAACAACAUUCCUCUGAGCCAUUCUUCUUCUUUUCCAUACUGCACACGCAAACCAGGAAGUCGAUGGGGUCAGUGUAUGUGUGUUCACUCUGCUUUGAGCGAAGUGCGACAAGUCAAGGAAGUCCUGGCCAAUGCCGAAUAAGUACCACCCUAAGCACCUCUCAGGAUCUUCCAAGCAAAUGGCAUUCAGCCGCAGCAACGACACCUGAGAGCCCCUCGUUAAACUUUUUAAAAUGAUCUCACUGAAGGCAUAAGCGUUAUCCAGAUGUUAUACAGAGGUAAAAUGGAUCUAAACCAUCAACUAUUGCUUCCUACUUGGCUAUAACACUGUGUGGUACAUUUGACACAUUAAAUGCUGUAGCUCUUUUGGUUUAUAGACUAAUUAACAUGAUUUAGCUUAGCAGAAAAAACAUGAAAUACUGUACAUUCGGUUGUAGCUACUGUUGUGCAUGUAGAUCGCAUGUUUUUAACACUUUAUCAAUACAUUGGUAUUUUUUAAUGGCUAAUAGGCUUUUGGUUCUAAAGGAUUUUCACUUUGAAUAUAGUCAUGUGUUAGGCCUUGUUUUCUGUGAUCUUGUAAGUACAUUUAGCUGUUUAUUUGUGCAAGUUGUGUGUGGGAACGCGGAAACAUAUGUUCAUGUUGAAUGAAGUUCUAUUUUUGUUAUGUGACUACGUAUGUGCAUUAAAUAAACAAUGUUUUUGAUACUG